CUCCAAUCCAACGACAUUCUGAACCGAUGACCCGUUUCUCAUAAUCCAGUUCCACACACGGCGACGAGGAGAACCAUACGCCAUCUUUACUAAUUCAGUGGAACAACAUGGAUACCAUAGGGGAGGAGAGUCCUGCUCCUGGAUUCGAGAGUGAGAGUGAUGUGAAGCAUGACGAGAGUGUGCUGCCCAGCACUCACGAAGAACCCAAGCCAACAUAUAAAUCAUUCAAGAAGAAAUAUCGGAAAAUGCGAAUCAAGUUCGAUGCGAAGAUGCAAGAGAGUAAUUUCCUCUACACAAAGGAGCAGAUGGGCGCGGAUACAGCCAGAAGGCUUGCGCAAGAGAACGAUCAACUACUGGAUCUUCUUCUCGAUGUCAACAACUCGGCCCAGAUCCCUGCCGACAAGCGUAUCGAUCUGAAUGCUGAGACGCCUGCUCUCUCCGCCGUCCCACCCCUCAUCAGCGCCGAAGAGCUCGCCCGAGCCUCCAAAUUCGACACACCAGCCAGCCAAGCAAUCUACAACGAGGUACUCGCUAUCAUGAAAGAGAGAGCUGCCGAGAAAGAGACAUCAAAACCCCUGAAAUCCCUCGCCAUGCUGAUGGCAAUGACACCCCACCGCACAACCAGCAGCGGUCCCCUCGCCCCCAGCCUCCGCGACAUCGUCGAGCCCAUCGAAGGCUACAGCGCGCCAAUGUCCUACCUAACAGGCGAUCAAAUCGACGACUAUCUGUACGACAUCGACGCGUCGCUAGGCACCGUGCCUCCCACCAACCCGCACUCCAACCCGCCGCAAGACCUCGCGCUCCGCAACCCCAACAGCGUCUACAACUGGCUGCGGCGCAACGAGCCCAAGAUCUUCCUCCAGGACGGCGAAGGCAGCGAGAAGUCCCUCGGGAAACCCGGGUCCCUCCGCGGCGCCGGGAAGAGAGCUAGCAUGCCGGGCCCCAGCCGUCCCGACGCCCUCGAGAUCGUCGAGGAAGACGGUCUCGGCUACGAUCCUACGAUCAGCGGGCUCGAACCCGCCAAGGGCAAGAGGAAGAGGGAGGACGAUGCGGGCUACCAUCCGAAAUCUGGCGCCCCGAGUGAUGGGAAGGUGAAGAAGCCCAGGCCGCGGAAGAAGAAAGCAGAUGGUGCGGGCGAGGCGCCGACGCCGUCGUCGUCGAGGAAGGGGAAGGGGAAGGCGAGACAUUCAUCGCCUGUUCUGGAAGCUCCUCCUCCUCCUCCUAACACUGGGGCGUAGGGCUUGAUCGUGGAGUGUAUUACUACUAUAUAGGGAGGGAAGGGGUGAUGAAAAGAAUCUACGGAAAGGGGGGGAGGGAACAUUGGCAGUAAGGCAUGAAUGACGGCGUUAUGGGGUGGCAGACAGUCUUGCAGGGAUAUUCAAAAAGAAAAAAAAGCAGACGAUGUACAAGUAAAUAAAAUACCACAGGAAAGCAUGCAUUUGCAAUGGGAGCACCAUGAAGAAACCAACCAACCAAAACCAGAAACCCGCAGGGCAGAAAAUGAAUGAAGUCAG